UUUAGGAAGGCACAAGGCUCCUCCCAGAAAUAGAGGAUGAAGAUGUUUCUUUGGGCUUUGUUACAAAGAGACGGAGGGCGAGAAGGAGAGAAAAGGAUCAGUAACAAUGCUGGCCUCUAAUAUGACUGUUUGACGAAGAGUGGCCAGACUUGGAUAUCUACAUUUUUCGUAUUGGAUAUAAUUAUGUAUUUCUCAGGCAAAACGAACCUUUUUCGUUAUUAUCUUGUGGUCGUGCUGUUGAAUUAUUGCUGGGAAGCGGUGUCUGGACAGCUCUCGUAUUCUGUUUCAGAGGAGGUAAACCCGGGGACGUCUGUUGGAAAUAUCGUCAAGGACCUAAACCUCAAUGUCCAGGAGUUACAGUCUCGUAUGUUUCACAUUGUAAGUGGAUCAAAAAGAAAAUAUUUCGACGUAAAUCUGAAAACGGGUGUUCUUUAUGUAAAUGACAGAAUAGACCGUGAGGAGCUCUGUGCGAAGGCUCCAAAAUGCACUGUCAAUGUAGAGGCCGUGAUCAACAAUCCACUGAAGCUGUAUCGUUUAGAGAUAAAUGUAGUCGAUAUAAAUGAUAAUGCCCCACAUUUCUCUGAGGAUUUACAAUCACUUGACAUUGCAGAAAGUUCUUUUCCAGGACUCAAAUUUGGACUGGUAGAGGCAUCGGAUUUGGAUGUAGGCAAGAACGGUGUGAAUACAUACAAGCUUAGUAGUAAUGAUUAUUUUUCUUUGGAAAUUCACAAAGGAGGGGAUAGCGUGUCUGCGGAGUUAGUACUGCAGAAAGCUUUAGACCGCGAGCAUGACUCUGUUAUAAAACUCACACUUACUGCAGUAGACGGAGGAAAUCCACCGAAGUCAGGGACAUCCCAAAUUAUUGUAAAUGUUUUAGACAACAACGACAAUAUCCCCGUUUUCAGUGAAUCGUUAUAUAAAAUUAAAAUUCCGGAAAAUUUGCCAACAGGGUCUAGAGUAAUCAUUCUGAAUGCAACAGACGCAGAUGAGGGUUUAAACAGUGAAAUAGAAUAUUCAUUGAGAAGUAAAGGUCAGGAUCAGGUUUUAGAUUUAUUUCAAAUAGAUUCUAAAACAGGUGUAAUUUUAGUCAAAGGUGAGAUCGACUAUGAGGAAAAUGCAGCGUUUGAGAUUCGGGCACAGGCCAGUGACAAAGGCCAGCCUCCAAUGUCUGCUCAUUGUAAAGUGCUGGUAGAAGUGGUGGACCUGAACGACAACGCUCCUGAGAUAACUGUGACGUCACUGGUAAAUACAGUGAGGGAGGACGCUGAGGCAGGUACUGCCAUUGCACUUGUUUCUGUACAGGACAAAGAUAGUGGUAAAAACGGGGCAAUGAAAGCUGUAAUUGCAAAUGAUGCACCAUUUAAACUGGACACAAAUUAUAAAAAUUAUUACUCAUUAGUAGUUAAUGGUCCGCUUGAUAGAGAGACUAAGGCUCAAUACAAUGUUACUAUUGUAGCAACUGAUGAAGGGACUCCACCUCGCUCCAGCACCAACAUAGUUACUGUUCAUGUUUCUGAUGUCAAUGAUAACCCACCUCGCUUCUCGGAGCCGCUGAUUAAUGUUUAUGUUAAAGAGAAUAGUCCAGUAGGAUCUGUUAUUAAGACAGUGACUGCAGUUGAUGCUGACACUGAUCAAAAUGGUCAAGUGAGAUAUUCAUUUAUACAUGACAACAGUAACUCAGUGCCUCUCUCGACAAUGGUAAACAUUAACUCAGAGACUGGAGAUAUAGUCAGCCUGCAGGCCUUUAACUUCGAGGAGUUAAAAACUUUUCAGUUUAAAGUUCAGGCCACAGACUCUGUUGUUCCUCCGCUCAGCAGCAACGUGACUGUAAACGUUUUUAUCCUGGAUGAGAAUGACAACAGUCCCUCGAUUCUCGCGCCCUAUUCUGAGCACGGCUCCGUUAACAGCGAGAGCAUCCCCUACUCUGCUGAAGCGGGAUACUUUGUGGCAAAGAUCAGGGCUGUAGACGCAGACUCUGGAUACAAUGCGCUGCUUUCUUAUCACCUCUCUGAGCCCAAAGGAAACAACCUCUUCAGGAUCGGAACCAGCUCCGGGGAAAUCAGGACUAAGAGGAGAAUGAGUGACAAUGACCUGAAAACUCACCCCUUGGUGGUCUUGGUCUCUGAUAACGGAGAACCCUCCCUGUCAGCUACUGUGUCUAUUGAGGUGGUGGUGGUUGAAAGCACAGCUGACAUACAGACUCAGUUCAGACAUGUGCCCAUAAAGGAGGGCAGCUUCUCUGAUUUAAACCUGUAUCUGCUGAUUGCCAUUGCGUCGGUUUCAGUGAUCUUUCUGCUGAGCCUCAUCAGUUUAAUAGCUGUCAAAUGUCACAGGACAGACGGCAGUUUCAGCAAGUACAGCGCCCCAAUGAUCACCACCCACCCUGACGGGAGCUGGUCUUACUCUAAAGCUACUCAGCAGUAUGACGUCUGUUUCAGCUCAGACACGCUCAAGAGUGACGUGGUUGUUUUCCCCGCACCGUUUCCACCUGUGGAUGCAGAGCUAAUCAGUAUUAACGGAGGAGACACUUUUACCAGGACUCAAACUUUACCAAACAAAGAAAAGUGUAACGCAGAAAACUGUCUACCCUUUAUAAAGAAGUAG